UCUCAAUAUCGGUAUGGGUGUGGUAAUCGCAGUGUGUGAAUUUGGUUAGAAAUCUCGUCAGUUUUGGCGCCUGUAAAGUCUGUUUUUCAGGAUUAUAAGACCGGGAAAAAAAUGACAGAGCUCACCUUUUUAAAUUUAGCAUGAUAACUAGAAACUAAACGGAGUUGUUUUUGGGGGUCUCUGGAUCUUCGGCGCUGCCACACACAGUAAGGCCUCUGUGUUUCUUCAGAGUGAGAAGAGGAGUGAAGCCCUCAGCGGAGGACCAUGAGUGAGCUGGAGCAGUUGCGGCAGGAGGCCGAGCAGCUCCGCAAUCAGAUCAGAGAUGCCAGAAAAGCCUGCAGCGACUCCAGUUUGUCCCAGAUCACAGCUGGGCUGGAUUCGGUGGGGAGGAUCCAGAUGCGGACGAGGCGAACCCUCCGAGGCCAUUUAGCCAAAAUCUACGCCAUGCACUGGGCUACAGAUUCCAGGCUACUGGUUAGUGCCUCACAAGACGGCAAACUCAUCAUCUGGGACAGCUACACAACAAACAAGAUCCAUGCCAUUCCUUUGCGCUCGUCCUGGGUGAUGACCUGUGCCUAUGCUCCUUCUGGAAACUACGUGGCUUGUGGAGGCCUGGACAACAUCUGCUCCAUCUACAGCCUUAAAACCCGCGAGGGCAACGUCAGGGUCACCAGAGAACUGCCCGGACACACAGGUUAUUUGUCAUGCUGUCGUUUCUUGGAUGAUAGCCAGAUAGUCACCAGCUCUGGAGACACCACCUGCGCCCUGUGGGACAUAGAGACGGGCCAGCAGGCCACCACCUUCACGGGCCACAGCGGGGACGUGAUGAGCCUGUCUCUCAGCCCAGACUCCAGAACCUUUGUGUCCGGGGCCUGUGACGCCACCUCCAAACUGUGGGACAUCCGAGACGGCAUGUGCAGACAGUCCUUCACUGGCCACGUCUCUGACAUCAACGCUGUCUGUUUCUUCCCCAACGGGAACGCCUUCGCGACCGGAUCAGAUGAUGCCACAUGUCGCUUGUUUGACCUGCGUGCCGACCAGGAGCUGAUGAUGUACUCCCACGACAACAUCAUCUGUGGAAUCACCUCCGUGGCCUUCUCCAAGAGCGGACGCCUGCUGCUGGCCGGCUACGACGACUUCAACUGCAAUGUGUGGGACACGCUGAAGGGAGAGCGAGCAGGCGUUUUGGCUGGGCACGAUAACCGGGUCAGCUGUUUAGGCGUGACCAACGACGGCAUGGCCGUGGCCACGGGCUCGUGGGACAGCUUCCUCAGGAUAUGGAACUGACAUGAUUGGAUGGGACUCUGGAGAGUGAUGGCCCACUCUGUCCAAUCAUAGUCAUUGUAGCGUCCUGCUGCCACAGAGGAACCCUCCUCCUCCUCCUCCUUCCCUCCCUUUUCCAGGUGACCUGGUUUUCUUCAUCUUCUCUUACUAGAGCCUGCCCCCUCCACCCACAACCCCCCCUGUCCCCAGCUUCAAGUCAACUGCAGAGGAUGACGCCCAACUAUGAGGACCCUCUCGUUCUCUCUAUUUCUAUCUAUCUGUCUGUCCAUCUGUCUGUCUAUACGGCCUCAUAACCUAAAGAACAUGGGGGGAUAGACUGUGUUGUGUAUAUAUGAUAUUUGCUAUUCUAUGUGCUUGUAUGUGAAAUGUAUGCACUUCUGACAGUGUUUGGAUGUUGACGUGUGGAUUCUCGUGGUGGGUGUGUCGGUUGUCCUUAUUGUGUUUCCUUUCCUCGAUUUAUGGUUUUUCCUCUUUUUUUUGUAAUCACAGUGUAGUUUUGCUGCACACACCAGGGCACUGCCAAUGGUUUGGGCUUCUCCAUGAAUAAACCGACACGCUGUCCAUUGUAGGUGCUGAAAUCAACCUGCACUGGUCGUGUGGGUCAGUGUUAGAUUCACCACAGCGAUGUUUUAACACACCGGGGAUAUUUUGCAAGGGAGGAUAACUUAAAGGAAUAUGCCAGUGUUUUUCAACCCAGUGUCCAUCUGCUGUAUCCAAACUUACACGUCUCUACUUGACAAAAGAACAGAAAAUCCACUGAGUUGAAUCACACUUACAUUAGAAGUCAGUGGGCAGGUUCAGAAACAUCUUCCCAUUGGCUUCUUUCAUAAGUCAGAUGGUUUUCUGUCCUUUUUUAGGAGAAACUGCCUGUGGUAGUUGAUCAUGUAUUACAGCUACAGCAGGUUGAAAAACGCUGGCCCAAAGACAGUCUGUCCAGUAGACAACUACAGACAUUCUGUUUGGACAGUCAUCAGUUUUGGUCUGAUUUAUUUACAUGUUGGCGCUGAAGAACGGGCACUGAACUGGUGAUGGUACACAGCCGAUGGUGGCAUACAGCAGCGUAAACGUUGCCAUUACCAGCAUUCGUUGCCUGCGUUUCCAGUAAAAUCAACAUCUGGUUUAUUCCACUGUCGGCCGAUGGCAGUAAUUGGGGGAAAAUUCUCUUUUUCGAACAUGCCAGAAUAUUCCACCAUGGCUCCAUUGAAAACAACAGAAUAUCCAGUUGUCAGCCGUCUACCGCCAACAUGUAAAGGCUGCAGAAGUCUAGCUUGCUGAGAAAUCCAGCUUUGUGAAAUACCCCCAGGUCAGCUGAAGGAGCACUUGAGGGUUGUGUACAGAGCAUCAGUGACGCUGUUCCGCUAAAGCAGGCUGGCUGUCUGUUCCAGUGAUCCAGGCUUGAGUUCAUUUAGGGCAUUAAUAGUCAGCCAUGGUGCCUCCUGCUCUGUCAAAAGCAGCCUCAGCAGCUGCCGUUGUGCCAGUUCGUAUUUGCUGUCCUCCAGGCCAUCGUGCAGUAUUGUUUUGACCAAAUUGGCUGGACAUCAUCCUGUUGGGUGUGCAAGAGGAUGUCGUAGAAGCUUCGACUUUGGGCUCUGCCUUUUGUCAGCUUAGUUGAAGGAACAGCGGGAUGCCAUAUGUAGUACUCUGUAUUGGUCCUGUUUGAUCUAUUUUUACUACGGUAUAUGGUAUAGGAGACGCAUUUGGCAGACUGACCUCACACAUGCUUAUCAGGAUGUGCUACAUAACAAGAGGCCUUGGUCACUGUCACCUUGACUUUGGCUGUGUGUACUGUACCUUAUCCACCCCCACCUUAAAGGUAUAUUCCAGUAUUUUUCACACCUGCAAAAAUACAGGUUAACGUUUACUGACAGAACUCAGCAGCUGCCCGUUAACCUCUAUUACACGUGGUUUGAGUUUGUUUUUCUGUUCCUUUACUAAGUACAGGGAAAUGUUAGUUAUUGUCCGUAGUAACUGACCAUACGCUACAGAUGUGGGACAUGGAGAUUAGGUUGAAAAAUGCUGAAAUAUUCUUUUAAACAUCUGCUCUGGUGAGCAUUUCCUUAAAAGCAAGCUUUUCCCUGCUUUUCUUCAGAACCUGGCUGGGCAUUUGCAUCAAAUGAGGAAUCUCUGAAAGGAAUACCUCAGCAUUUUUCAACCUAAUACCCAUCUUCUACAUCUGUAUCACAGGGUCACAGUUAGUGUGAACAGUCGAUUCAUCACGUUUCCCUGUACUUAGAAAAGAACAGAAAACACGGUGUCAAAACCUGCUUAUAAUAGAAGCCAGUGGCCAGUUUCUGAAGCAGCUGCCCAUUGGCUUCUAUUAUAAGCGUCUUUCAAGAUUCUCUUCUUGCUAUUAAGUACAGUGAGAUUACUGCCUGUCCAUAGUAAUUGACUGUACGCUGUAUAAACGGCAGAUAGUGAUUAGGUUGAAAAAAUACUGGCGUAUUCCUUUAACACGGCACAUAAUGGUAGAGGUUUCUGAAGGCGUAGCCACCCAUAAACGUACUGCUCCAACUGAAGGGUGAAACAGCCGAGUCUUAAACUAUCAUGGUUUUUUAUGUGACCACAAGCUUCACUGUGUGUAAUUUUCCACAAAUGUGAGAUGUGAGCGUUAUAAAGCGGCACUGGGACGACUUCCUGUGUCAAACUCGAGAAGAGAGCAAGCCUUAACUGUCAUAGUUCACUUGAAAGUCAGUAAUCACCUUCAUUUUGUGCCAGUCGGUAUGAAUGAACUAGAGUAAUGAAGGCUGUUGUUAUGAGUCUAUUAAAACUGUCUUAAUGUUUGUGUUCUUUUUCUAUGAAUGAAAUGCUUUACUUCACAAUUGA